AUGCCUCGCAGUCAAAAGCCAGGCUCCGCAAUGCCCGCUGAGGCCAUCGGACAGACCAUUGGGGGCCCUAGUGGGCGGCUGUCGACAUCACUAGAGGUGGAGGAUCCCUCAAGCGAUAACCUCAAGCAUCGACUUCAUGAAUGGGCAGCCAGCGGAGCUCGGAAUGACGACGAUGAUGAUCAGGGCUCAGAGUAUGAGCUCCUCAUGGACCCCAAUCUUCCCGAAGAGUAUGAGACGAGACGAAAGGGUUCCGAGGACUCGGGCGAUGAAGCAGCCCUUAUCAAGGACAAUGAGGAAGAAGAGGAAAACUCUCCUUAUCCAGAAGUCAGAGCCGCGGUACGAAACUACGACGAGGACCUCCCAUGCAACACAGUCAGGGCCUGGACCAUCGGCAUGCUCCUCGUCGUCCUGGGCGCCUCGAUGAACACCCUCUUCUCCCUCCGGCAGCCCUCCAUCAGCAUCGGGCCCCUCAUCGCCCAGAUCAUCGCCUGGCCCAUGGGCCACGGGUGGGCGAGGUUCGUACCGGACAGGGAGUUUACCACGUUUGGCGUCAGGUGGACGCUCAACCCGGGGCCGUUCAAUAUCAAGGAGCAUGCCAUCAUUGUCGUCAUGGCUAGUGUUUCCUUUUCGGUGGCCUAUGCUACGGAUAUCAUCCUGGCCCAGCUCGUGUUUUACAAGCAGAACUUUGGCAUCAUGUUUCAGCUCCUGCUUACCAUCUCGACGCAGUCGGUGGGCUAUGGUAUUGCAGGGAUGCUGCGCAAGUUCCUAGGUGAGUCCAUGAUAGUAAAUGAAAAGUACAAUCAGCUCACCGUCAAAGUAUACCCGGCUUCCAUGAUAUGGCCCGAGAACCUCGUAGGCGUCACCCUCAUGAAUGCCAUGUACGAAAGAAACGACGCGCCAGACCCCACCAUCAUCGGAGGCACCAUGCACCGCUACAGGUGGUUCACCAUCGUCACGGGCUGUGCCUUUGCCUACUACUUCAUCCCAGGCUUCCUAGCCCAGUUUCUGAGUAUCUUUGCCGUCGCCACCUGGCUGGCGCCUCAGAAUCCUGUCGUGAACCAGUUGUUUGGAGGCCAGACGGGCUUGUCACUUCUCCCUAUCACGUUUGACUGGACCCAGAUUGCGGGUUACGUUGGCUCGCCACUCAUUCCGCCCUGGCAUGCUAUCGCCAACACUCUCAUCGGAGUCGGCACAUUCUUCAUCGUGCUCUCAUCGUUUCUUCACUAUGGCGGAGUGUGGUAUGCUGAAUACCUGCCAAUGAGCGACUCAAGCACAUACGACAACACAGGAGCUCCGUACAACACUACGCGUAUUCUGACGCCCGAGUUUACUCUAGACGAGGAAGAGUACAAGAACUACUCGCCCCUAUUCAUCAGCACCACAUUUGCCAUGUCCUAUGGUCUAUCCUUUGCCGCCAUAUCGUCACUCGUCGUGUACACGUACCUGCACAAUGGAAAACAGAUCUGGCAGCAGUGGAGGAACAGUACCAAGGAGAAGCCGGAUAUCCACAUGAAGCUCAUGAACAAGUAUAAGGAAGCUCCCACGUGGUGGUACAUGUCUCUCUUUGCCGCUGCAAAUGCUUCUCAUUGGGUUCUACACUGUUCUUGGGUUCCCUACAAACCUCAGCUGGUGGGCGUUCUUGCUGGCCAUUGCCAUCUCGUUUGGCUUUGCUCUGCCAAUUGGUAUUAUACAGGCUGUUACAAACACUCAGAUUGGCCUCAACGUUUUGACCGAGUUCAUCUACGGCUACCUCCAGCCGGGCCGCCCUCUGGCACUGAUGAUCUUCAAGACAUAUGGAUACAUCACAAUGCAGGUUCCUCUCUUCUGGCUCCUUUGACAGUAGCUAACAGUCCCAGGGCCCAAUCGCUCCGCUUUGUCUCUGACCUCAAGUUUGGUCACUACAUGAAGAUCCCGCCUCGAACAAUGUUUCUAACCCAAGUCGUGGCCACGACAUUUUCAUGCUUCAUCCAGAUCGUAGUCUUGAACUUGGCUCUGAACAAUAUUGAAGACGUCUGUGAGCCACAUCAGGCUGACCACUUUACGUGCCCUGGCGGCCGCGUAUUCUUUGCUGCCUCCAUCAUCUGGGGCCUCCUUGGCCCUGCCCGCAUGUUCUCACCUGGUCAAGUCUACUCGGGCCUUUUCACCUUCUUCAUAGUCGGCGCCAUCACGCCCAUCGUCAUCUACCUCGCCGCCAAGCGCUGGCCCAGGUCCCCCGUCCGCUACCUCAUGGCGCCCCUCAUAUUCGGCGGAGCCGGCGCCAUUCCCCCGGCCACGCCCCUCAACUACCUCUCCUGGGGUGUCGUGGGCUUCGUCUUCCAGUUCUGGAUCAAGAAGCGGCACUUUCGGUGGUGGACGAGGCUCAACUUCCUCACCUCGUCGGCGCUCGACCUCGGCCUCGCCCUGGCCACGCUCUUCAUCUUCUUCGCCUUUACGCUGCACGGCGUCGAGCCGCCCAGCUGGUGGGGGAACAAUGUCGUGUCUACCACCAUGGACGUCCAGGGAACAGCCAUCCAAGCGCACGUGGCCCAGGGGGAACGCUUUGGCCCUGAGAGCUGGUGA